AUGUGUCUUGCAACGCAGCCUCGCUGGCUCUACAUUCAAUAUUCCUACAAGUUUUUGUUCUUUCUCUGGAUUUUUACUGGAUGUAGUCACUCGGUCAGUAGAAACCCAAGGAUUGUUACCAAAGCUAGAUGCUAUGCAAACUGCUUGACGAAGGUGAGUCACCUUUCAAUAUUCUUUCUGGGAAGGCGGCCGUUUUAAAGGGAUCGGCGCAAUGCUGUCUUUGAAGUUGAACAGUGUCCCUUAUCAGUUUCUUGUAGUUUCAAACAAAUCUACUGUCUUAAAGACGAUGCCAUGAAUAUUAUUUUUACUUCAAUAGUUGAUUUUGAAAGAAAUAAUCGCCAUCUUGAGUAAGUUGAAACGCACAAAUUAUCUAAUUGAUUGCCCAAUAUCAAACAAUUCCAGCCGAUUUCAAAUUGGACACGUUUUUUCAUUCCAAUUUAAAAUUAUUGCUUAUGUGCAUAGUCUUGUCCCUUUCUCUAAUGACCUUUGCAUCGAAGCGUUUGAUGGAAGUCAGAGAAUAUGGUUGAUUUAUCGCUUGGUAAAAUAAAACAAUUAUGGAAUGUAACAAAUCACGCUGUAGGGCCUGAUUCGAAGGAACAUGCAAGAAGACUGACGAUCGCGAAGACAACCGGAUGCAAAAUAAUUACGACUUCCCAAAACAAAGAAAACUCUCGUUAGCACCUUUAUAUUUAUUCCAUAGCUCUGCUUCAAGUAGUGAUUUAAACGUGUUUUUUAUGAAUCAGGAACAAAGGAGAUUAUGACCUAUUUAUAACAUUGCAGUUCUAAUCACAAAAUAACAGUUAUAAGUUGGCAACAAUUUCAUAUUGCUAAAUUAUUGCUAUUUCCUACUGGACAUUAAUAUAUUAGCUCAUAUUGUACAAGGUCUUUUUUAGCGGAAACGGUUUCUCUUUUCAACUGCCGGUCUUAAAUUGUAAAUAAAACUUGAAAUUUCCUUGCGUUUAUCAAAACACUGCUGACUGACUGCUUAGCACUUUGCCCUCAUUAACAUAUUACUGUGACAGUGUAUAAUUAAUUAUACUCAGAAGUUCAAAGGGAAUUGCGGAACGAUAUCAGCCAAGAUAUGACUCAAAACAUGUUAAGAUAUGAAAUAUUCGUCCAAUAAGGGUCUGGUAGUUUUUAAUCGUCAAAAUAUAUCUUAAGCAAAUUGAAUUUUUAUCGAACAAAGAAUAAUAAAAAAUCACAAAAGAAGGCAAUCAAAACUGAAUUUAAAAAAACAAUUUUUCUUUUCAAUUUGGCAUUUUGUUGUUGUUGUUUUAAGCCGGUCUAAUUUUGGUCUGAAAAGUUAGUUUAUGAUAUGGUUAUUCUUGAGGUUUGAGCCUAAAGCGAGAAUGAACCUUUCAAGUUUAGCCUUUUCUCUCUCCUAAUUACUGAAACUAACACCAGUUCUUUAUUCGCAAAAUGGAGAAUGACGGAAUGAUUUUAAAAUUUGGUUAUCAGUCAGUUUCCAUACAGUUCUAUAUGGCGUGUGAUACGAAAGACAAAAUAUCGCAUAUGUACAUAAUAUACCCUGAAGAGGCAAUUCUCGAGGUUAAAUUAGGGUGUCUCGAUACAGUUUUUCAGACCCCAUACCAAUAUUUUUCAGUCGACGUAAAAGUGAUUUUAUAUCCUCGUAAGAUCGUUAUAAAAUCCUUACCACUAACUGAAUUUGGAUUAAAUUUUGUUAAAAUCGAUAAUUGAUAUUACCAUGAAAACGAUAAGCAAAAAAGCCUUGAAACCAGUUUUGGGUGAAAAAUUUAACAUCGGGAACUCAAGUAUCUAGUUGUAUUUGGCAAAUAAACUCCGUGAGAAAAAACAAAAACUGUUAGUGUAUCCAAAAGGACGCAUAUAAAUUUCAAAUCUUAUAUUCUCAAUAGCCUUGAAAGAAUGAAGGAAUAAGCGAAUUCUAAAUGACUCAUAUCACUCUAAAGUAGCUUAAGGAAUCAAAAGAAAAUUCCCUUGAUCCCCCCGUGAGCGACUAGUACCCAAGAUGCGAAGAGUCAGUGGUUUCUUACGGGAAGUGAUCACUUACGAGAGUUGACGGGCCACAGGGGUUCCCUUCCAAAGAGAAUAUCCCCAAUAUACACCUUCUUUUAGGAUCGAAGAGAAUCAAUUGCAUGCAACUUCUAAGUUGCGAUAUUUAGUUUCACGUUUUCACUCAAGGUUUUUCACAUACUCUGAGUGAGUGAACUAAUAGUAUACAGAGGCAAGCGGUCGCUCCGGGAAACAUAUAAAACAACCUUCAGCCCAAAAAGUGGCCAAAGUCGCAUACAACAGAUGGUCGCUUAGGCAAUGUGCUGACUAUAAGGAUUGUAGACAGGAAAAACUUCGUGUUUUUGAUAGGUGGUCGCUUACUAGAGGUUCUAACUAUAGGACGUCGGCUGGGAAAGUUUUGGUGUUUGGGAUAGGUGCUCGCUUACAAGAUGUGGUCGCACACGGGACUUUCGACUUUUGAUCAUUUCGUGGGCGACGGACUAAGACUGUCAACCAUUAUGCUAACUUUGUCUCAUAGAUAGCUAGUCCUAUAUUCGCCAGUACUUAUUAUAAACGUUAAAAACAAAAUUACGAUAUAUGUUUGGCGUGAUUUUCAUGAUUAAAGGUAAUGAAUCCUAAGCGAUAAGAAAACUAAAAUAGUCCCUGGUUAAAGUUUGUUAAGCUUUGUGUUAUAACCCAUUCCUCUUUAAUUUGUUUUAGAAUCCAGCGAGCAAUGAAACUGAAAUUCCCUGUCAAACAAAUGACUGUAAAGAAGUAAGUAGCAUUAUUUUCAUUCAGUGAAGUUUAAAAUAAUAACACAAUUCAAUCUCAUGGGGUUAAGGAGAGUACAAAACAUCGAAAAACACUUAUAAUAGGUGAAACCACUAUUUAAAAUUAUUAUUCAUUCAAAAUAUUUCCCCUAUUCUGAUUGGCUAAAACAAGAGAGAAUGAGAUCAUUCUCUCUUGGCUAAAAGCACACGCAUAAUUCAGCAUAACCAGCUACUGAUGAUCAAAUUUGGAAGAAUUUGCGUUUGAUGAACCGAUAACGUCAAAAGUGCAGCUUUCUUGCAGGUUAAUGCACCGUUAACCGAAACGACCUGGGGACAAGAUUGAGUUGUUUUGGUUGUGAACUUGAAAAAUGGCGGACAUUUCACUCGCUUCAAGAGUAAGAACUAGGCAAAAAAAAUAGCUAAAAACAUGGUAAGAACAGCGCGGAAGAAGACAACUCGAAGGGCGACAUCUUCUAUUUGGAGAAUGUUUGCGGAGCUGAACAACCCCAAACGUUCACUAUCGAAGAUGAACUUAACAUCGAUGGAUCGAUGGAGGUUAAUAUGUUUUAGCUAUGUUUUUAAACUAGGAAUUAUUUUGAAUGAAUAAUAAAACAAUUAUUGAAUUCGGCUUUCGUUUCAUGUGAAGAAUUAUGGAGAUCUCGGAGGGUGUUAUCCGCCUCGGCCUACGGCUUCAACGGAUAACACUCUCCUCGAUCUCCAUAAUUAUUCUGAGAUACUCAGCCUCAUUCAUUAAUUGUUAAAUAUUCAUUUUCUAUCCUUGAUAUUUGUACUCUUUCUUUAAUUUUAGUGCUUAGGUCCAUGUGGAUUAUCUGAUUCUGAUGAGGCAGCAUGUAAACAAACAUGCGUAAGUGUCUACACCUUUGGAAAUUCCUGGCGUUCGUGUGCACCACACCUGUGCCAGUUUACUGUAAAUGUUCAGGUCAUUUGUCAUUUCACACGAAUUUCAAUUCGCCGUUUUCUAAUUGAAUUUGUUUUGUAUUUCAGAGAGCGUCAAGCAGCUGUCUUGAGAGCUGUGAGUUUUUAACCAAGGUUAAAAACUUCGCUUUAGUAACAAAUGGAGAUAAUUCCUCUACCCCAACCCCAGGAACACCUUCAAUAACAAACCGGAGUUUAACCUCCAUCAGCUUGAAGUGGGAGGCUGUGCAAAAUACGACUGGUAGCCCUGUUUACAUGAUUGACAUGGAGUAUUCGGAUAGUGGAGGAAACUCUUUUUGGCCUGUCUAUUUGCCGGAGGUAGAUUGAAUAUAGUCUAUCGUUUUUGCAACGCUUGCUCUCGAUCCAUCUCUCGCUUGUAGACAUUUCUUAGACGUUUCUAUUAGCCCACCUAAUUUAUGGCGUUUCCUAGGUGUUUGUUAUACCAGAGGCUACAAUAUCAUUCCCAAGUCUUUGCGCUUACGUCAGGUCAGCUCCAUUUCGUUCAGUCUACAGUCCAGUAUUAUUCAAGUUUAGAGUGGCUGUCCUUACCGAGAACUCAUCUUUAAGCGUUGGGCAACAAACGGUGGAAACGAGUAAGUAACAUUAAAAGCUGAAUAGUAUUUUAUGGAGUUGCUAAAAUAGAUCUUGAUUCCCCUGGUACAUGAUCAGUUGUCAUUUAAAGAAAUUACACAGUCUUGUUACUUUGUCGAAUCAUAUUGUUUGUAAACCUGCACCGUCAGUCCGAAAAUCAGAGUUUAGAAAUUAAUUCCGACGUAAAUAAAUCCAUAUCGUGUUCCCUAACUCCCUCUCUCCUCCUCAAAGAUUAUCUUAAUUUUGGGUAUCUUAAAUUUUUUUUUUUGGAAGGGAACAAAGGACAUGUAAUGCUGAAAAAGAAAAUGAAUUAACUAUUCAUCUCCUCUUCGUGGGAGAUUUUCUUUCCCUAAAUGUAUCGUUUAGGAAAGUGGUUUGUUUUAAUAUUGGAUUUAUGAAAAUGUGACGCUAAAACAGCCUUUGUCCGUCCGUUUUUGUUCGUCCCAAAACUAUAGGCAAUAUAAAAACUAAGCUGCGUGUGACCAUCGUUUUUCUUCUCUUCUCCUGCCCCCUUCCCUUCUCCGCUCUCUCUCUAUUUUUUCUACCUUAAUUUUUCUCGUCCUUAAUUUUCCUGCUUUAGUGAGUGUGCACUUAGUGCGGCACCGCAAAACUUUCGUUUUUACUUUAUUUCAGUCUUAAUGUUCGCUAGCUUUGUUUUAACUCUUGGACGUACACGGAAAGUCAUACCUAAUGAUAUGUUGCAGUAUUUCGAAAUAUUUUACCUUUAGUGGAAAAAGUGGAAAGCCUUUGACCGUCCCUACAAGACGAGGUAUACUUUAUCGGUGGUGGCGCUGCUGGAGGCCUGUGACGUCACCACUUUUUUGGUCGUCAUCUUGGCCGUCAUUAGAAUUAGAAAUCCGGUAAAAACGGCGAAAAUUGGUCAUUUUUUGUGCUUGACAUGUAGAAUAACAUAUAAAUAAGUAAUUCGCUUCAUUUUAUCCACAAGAUUUAUUUUUGUAGUUGAAAGAAGCUAAAAAAAUAUGCUUUCUCACUAAAAAAAGGCUUGAUUACCUGCUGCUUAUGACGUCAUAACUCGUAACCAUCAUGGUAACUGACCAUCACUAAACUUGUCUCAAAAUUAAAUGCUCGUGAGGGAUAAACAAACAGCUACUGAAACUUCAGGAGCUUAUGUUUAAUCGUCUAGGAAAAGACUGAGAAAAGCCUUAGAGAGGGCUUGACAUCCACCCCCCCUUGUACGUCCGAGAUGUUUCCAAAGAAUAAUUGCCAAUUGUUUGAAAAGCGCCAUCGGUUUUGGAUCAUUUUUUAAAGAUCAGGCCACACACCAGCUGACAUUAUUGAAAAUCAUCUAGCAUCUUGGAGAACCAUGGAACAUUUUUUUAUUAACUAAGAUUAUAGCAGCCAUGAAAAACUAGGAGCAUGACAACUAUUUUGAUUUUUGUCCUAUCCUCUUCUUUUAGUGGAUCGUCCCUCUUUCUGUUUCCUUUCCUUUGUUUUACAUGUCAGGCUUGUCAGAUCCCCAAAAUAACGUUUUGCCAUCCGUGUGGUCAAAUUUCUGUAAAUUCUCGGUUGCGGCGAGAGUUAGGUAUCUUUAUUGGUUCAAUAUAGGCUGUAUCCUUGUAAGCGACUGACCCCUCAAUUGUAUUACAGCUCUUGUCAAGCCAGCACCUGUCACAAAUGUGACUUUGGACAGUCUAGCGUAUGAUCCUGCCACUGAAAAUAAACUUGAUAGAAUCAUAUUAACUGUAUCAUGGAUUCCCCCAAGCGGUGGGUAAUAAAAAAUAGAAUGUGUGUCGUUAAAAAAACAGGGGGUACUCCCUAUAAUAGCCUAUAUGGGGAGGCUCUAUCCGAAAAGUGUGCCUUUUCCAGGGUUCGGGAUAAGACGCGCCUAAGAGCCCAUCGUGGGAUUUUGGUUUAUUAAAAGUUACAGGAAAAUGAAAAGAAAACUUCCCUUUGUAGCGAUUUAUUCUGUUAAUUAGGUAUGUUAAAGAGGUACUAUUUUCCAAUGGAAGGUAUACAAAAGGGGUAUCCUUUCUGUCAAACAUUAUAUUAUAAAAGGGUGAGGGUUUGGACCCUGGGGCGGAGCCUCCUUCCUAUAAAACUUGUUGAGUAGGCUAAGAACAACAACUUGUUGACUGGUAUAAGAACACUUUUUUUCCCCUCGCGAGAUUCUUCAUCGCAACGUGUAGACUUGUACCAUUUUUUUUUUCGCUUCAAUUAAAAAUCAAGAAAAGGAUUUUCUUUUUAGUGUUUUAUGUUAUUAAGACUAAAAUAUCACGUAGAUGAGAAUCAAACACCAGGCAGAACCCCCCAAAAAACAUUAUUCUGAAUUCGAACUCAGAACCCCCCGCACUCUAAUCUGAUGCUCUGAGCAGUAGAGACGCUGAUGAUGAGCAAGGGCAUUUCUGUCGCUUAUGGCGAACGACUGUUUGACUGUCGUGCAGUUUAUGUGGUUGAUGCUCAUCUAUUUGAUUUGUCUAAUUUACCUUGAUCUACAUCACCGCGUUUUACGUCAAAUAAACGCAAUCUAUUUAACAAUUAUUCCUCGAGCCCGAAUGGGCUCUGAGUCAAUAGCCCACGAGGCCGAAGGCCGAAUGGGCUAUUGACUCAAGUCCAUUCGGGCUCGAGGAAUAAUUGUUUUAGUAAAAUCCAACUAGUUGGUCAAAAAUAUCGAGAAUAAAAAAAUGUUAGUAAUCCUUUUUUGCCGCCAAAAAGCGCGCGCUUUUCGCUACUAGUAGGCUAUAACAUAUAGCCUAGUAGUAGCUCAACCAGUCAAAACGCAAAAUUGAUAAGAGACCACUAGUUGGAUUUUACUAAUAAUAUUUAUCUAUUUGACUAUUUGAUUAAAUCCAGUUUGUUUUUUAAUUUAGAUUUUGGUGGAAUUCGAAUGAAUAUCGACGCAAAAUAAGAAAAUAAGACACAUCCAUCGAAAGGGGGUGCUUAUCACUUGAAACGUUAAGCAAGCGAAUGAAAUUGUGCUCCCACAAAUACCUGGCCCGUAACAUGACGUUUUACUCAUCAAGUUAAUUCUUGAAUAACCCGCUCAUUUUUUUGUGCUGCGGGUUCGGUAUAUCGAGCUAAAAGAGAGAGAGAAAUUAUAUCUAGCGCAAGGAAGCUUAGAUACCCAAGCUUCACAUUUACGGGGUUUAAUUUAUUUAUCUACUAGCCUGUUUUUCUGUCCUUUAACAUCGGUUAAAAUGGAAAGAUAAAUAACAUUCUAAUACCCAUAUCAAUAAGAACUAACUAAGUACUAAAUAAGGACUAGUUUUAAUAAUAAUAAUCAGCGCUUAAAAAUGAAAAUAUUCUAUUUCUUUUAAGUUUUUUUUCCUAUGAUAGUUCUAAAACUGAGCGGGACUUAAUAAGUGUGAUAGCUAGCUAAGUACGAAAAAGGUGUCAAUUAAUAGAAUCAAUCCGUCAAAAUAAUGUGUUAUAGAUAAUAAGCAUCUCAUUACAAAUUAUGCCAUGAUGUGGGAACUGGAUCCUCGCAAGUGUAACAGUAGAGAAUCCUUCUUAAGAGAAAAUUGGGAAACUUCUGGGGUAAGUAAUUCCCAUCACCUCAUUAUUUUUCUUAAGUUGAAACGUUUUGAAUUUUGAAAAUUAUAGAUUUAUAUUUUUUCAAUAGAUUGAUACGGCAGUAUGUGUACUCAAAAUUAAGUUAUAGUUGUUUUUCGUUUCUCUCUCUUUCAAAUUUUUAGCAUUGGUCAAGCGUGUUGAAAACGUGAAGUUUGAAGGUUCAUACAAACCUUGACGUUGCUCCAUUUCCACAAAUGAUAUAAAUUACCUGUAAAAGGUUUUGCCCCCGCAUUUGACUUAUUUUUCUCCACAAUGCCCCCUUUACCUUCCAAAAUGACUUCGACUCCAUUUGGGGAGGAAAAUGUAGUGUUGAAGGUUAAUUAACUCUUCAUGAAAACCUCUCUAAGAUCUAAAUUGUUACCACAGAGUCAUACACUAUGUAAACAAAUGAUAAUUAUAGCAAGACAAGACGACCAAGAAGAUUUUUUCACUCAGCUCCAUUUAAAUGUGAUUCAGAUAGAUGAAGAAAAAGAUUCCAAACCAAUAAAUACAAUUACGUAAGUAAAGAUUAAAAAUUGUAGUGACUAGAUAAGGAGCGAGUUGGGAUCAUCCAAAACGCAAAGGCUAAUCUAGUGGAUGACCCCCAAAAUACAAUUACACACAAAAUAAUAGAAUAUUAUCAUUUUUUUUUUAAUAAAAAGUAAUCCUUCACGCUAAGAUAGAUAAAAAUUAGUUAAUUAAUUAUUAGUGUAACUUGGAUUUCUUGUCGGGCAUGUUUACGACUAGUAAAAAACGAAGAAUGUCCGUAUCUAGCAUAGAAUAAAUACUAAUUGUUUACGUAAAAUGAAAAAGAAAAAAGCUUUGAAAAGUACGUCCGCCAUUCCCUUGCUUUAAUAAGGAGUUGCUCAGAUGCGGGGCACAUUUACACCCCCAAAUGUCAGAAAGAUAACUCAUUUCUCCGUGUUUGCAGCCGGAUAAUAAUUUUUCAAGAAAUGUGUACUCUAAAGCGAAAAGAUGUAAUCACCAUCUUGUUGAGGUGAGUAAAUAGAUGUUAACUUCCUUGCGUAACGAAGGUUUAUAAUGUUGCCGAAAUUCGCAUCGCGCGUGGAGCGUGCGUGGAUCGCACAGCAAUGCAGAAACACUAGUCGGCUUUAUAUAUCUACGUAACAAAUAUCAUGGCCUCCAUGUGAACACAUCUUUCUUUUUAAACAUCGCUAUUUAUGGGAGCCAUCUAGCAUUAACUUAGAGAGAUUCUUCUUCGUACUCCUUGAGCUGAAUUUCUGUAAAAGGUUCAGAAACUACUUGUAAAUACCUAAUGACAGCUUCGUGUCAGACAAAUGUGUAAUAUCAAAUGUUAAAAGCAACAAAAAUAAAGUUUUAGAAACUGUUAGGCUGACUAAUUAAAAAAAAACAAAAUUGGCAUCCGUUUAAAUCUCAUCGCUUCGAGAUUGUUCAUCCGCGUCUCGUUUUGUAUUUGCUGUGUUAAUUAUACCUUCUCUUUUAACCUUUUGAGCAGUUAAUUUAGAGUUCCACUCAAUUUGGUGACACUUCCCACUACACUGUUUGAAUUUUGAUAAAUUUUGUGACACCACUCCUUUAAUGGGCUAAAUUCGCCGACGCGAAAAAAAAUACUUAAAAAUGAUGAGUUUAACAUACAUUUGCUUUUUUAGGUUCGUUCGAUGAUUGGCUGUAGUGCGAGUGAUAAGGCAACAUUAAUAUACACCUAUCCAGGUAAAUUGUUAGGGCGUUGGUGAUGACCAUGCACAUGAAAAACGUUGAAAUGAAAUUAAAGCAUACGAUUUUUUGAGCUUUUAUGCAUUUUUAUAAAGGUGAAAAAUAAACCUGUUUGAAAAGUCCUAAGUAAAUAACCGACAGUCCUUUAAAAAACUAAAACGGAAUCGUUUCAAUGACUUUACUGUACACUCAAUACCUGUGUCAUAUUUUAGUAGUCAAAGUGUGCUCCUAUUCUUACCCAACGAUGAAACCUACAGCUGAUAAAAUGGUGGGAGGGUAAGGAUAAAUCGUUGUAGACUAAAGUUUUAUACCUUUGUUCAUCUUUUUACAGGCUGUCAAAAUAUAACAAAUUUUCCCAAAAGUGAAUGCUACGAAUGUAAGUUUUACAAUAGUUUACCAUUGUUUUAUAGGCAGUCAUUAGCAUGUAGAUUUAACGUAGAUUAUGAUUUUUAGCUGACAUACCUGGAAUGACGCUUGUUUGUGAAGUCGAGAAAAUAUGACCUUUUUUCAAGCAGCAAGAGUAUAGUAGUCCUUCAUUGCGAGGGUCGAGCAACUAUGAUUUAUCUCACAGUGAGUCCGUCCGUAGUUCCGUACAUUUACUCUUGACUUUUCAUUUAAUUAUAUACUGGUAUAAAGUUCUGAUAUCCUUUUUGGCAUUGCGUUCACACUACAACUAUAAAAAAACUAAGCUUAAUGAAGAAAAUCGUUUUUAAAAAAGCUCUGACUCUUAAUAAUAAUAAUAAUACUAAUAAUGAUAUAACGCGCCUUUUCCAAUGCAAAUAUGAUUAAAAGUAGUCCUUUGGAUGUGGAGGGGUAUCUGUUUACGGCAAAAAUGCCGUGAAUAAACUGGUGCGUGGCUAGCGCUAUUGAAGCAAGAGGAUUAAGCGAACCUCGUGUCGGACGAUUACAAUUAGAUUUAGGUUAAUAAGAUAGAUUGAACACCGUAGGAAGAUAUAUGUAGAGACGCUCAUAUUUUGAGCGCUACCACUACGUCAUGCUCUGACAAAUUAAAGGGCUAGUAUUCAACUUUCAGUUAGGAGCCUAUUAGGUUAUGGGUUUCUGUUUUAGUAUAUCUCCCAUGUGGUAAUCUCCCUUACUGACCUGAUACAUUAGAUAAUUAGCAUAACAGUAACGUGAAAACAUUAUUGUUAUAUAAUAAUUUAAUCAUCCGUUUCUUUUGAUGAAAUACGUCAAGUAAUUCCUGGUCAUUAUGUUAUAUGUUUAGUUGAUCCACCAGAAGCACCCAUAGAAGACAGGGUAGUGCACAAUAUCAGACCCUCUCGGUUAACAACCCAAGAUGAUUAUAGAUUCCAAGUGAAUAUCGCCUGGGAUCCACCAGUAUACCCUUACAAGAACGUGACAGAGUACCUUGUUUGGAAUUGGAAAGGAAGCAAAUCUAUAAGUUUCCACCGUCUGGUAAGCGUUGACAAAUUGAUCACUGCAACCGGUGAUGAUUUGAUUUUGUCAACUCAUAACCACUAUGUCUUCACUUUGGCAGUGCACACUGUAAUUAAACGAUCUUGCAUGGUGCAAAUUAACUCCCCCAAGAUAAGUGCAAAAAAGGUGGUCAUUUGAGUUAGAGAAAUCAUGUCCAUUCACAUAAAGCAAAAUUCUGCAGAAAAUUAUUAUCUAUCUAUUCCAUAUUUUAAGUAGUAAGUAAGUAUACUGUUGCAUUAUUAUUAAAUGUUCAUCUUCAAAUUUCCGAAUACUUUUUUCAUCAAGAAUCUAAGAAACACAACGUUCCCGAAAAAAGACCUGUAUACAGUCAGCCACUUCUCCCCGCAACGGCCACUUUUUUGGCGGACAGUCCAUACAUUGACUCUUGUUUAAACCUCUCUACAAUGGUCACUUUCUUCUGUCCCCAAGUUGGCCGUUGUGGAGAGGUUCAACUGUAUGUAUGGGGGAGCUGCCGUAUUACAAAAAGGUUAGCCAGAUGCACAAAAAAGGAAGAGCUAAUGAUUCAUGUGUUCUCUUGAUAUUUGAGUCAGAGAGUUUCAAAUUAUGUAUUUGAUUGAUUGCAAAUUAUGUUGACAGAUAAAUCAUUUAACGGGACAUUCUAGUUAAAAGCAUUGUUUUUCAUUUUAUUUCCGCCCUUUUUCUAACAUCCAGCUAAUAUUUCAUGCAAUUAAGAAACCACUCCAUUAAGUUGUAGACCUUGGUUCAAUGAUUUUUUUGAGAUUUUUUUUUAAGAUCAUUCUUCUAAUAUUUUUUUAUAUAUAGAAAUUGGGGGGGGGGGGGGUUAAGAUGCUUAAACUCUUAGAAAAUUAAAAAAACAAAUAGAUUUUAGGGGUUGUUAAAAAUUGAAAUAUGAAGUGAAAAAUAAACCCAAAUAGUCAAGCACCAACUGGUUUAUUUGAAUAUGUUUAUGUGAAUAUGUUAAAAAAAAAAAAGAUCGAAAGAGAACAAGUGGGGGGGGGGGGGGGGUUAAGAUGCUUAAACUCUUAGAAAAUUACAAAAACAAAUAGAUUUUAGGGGUUGUUAAAAAUUGAAAUAUGAAGUGAACAAUAAACCCAGAUAGUCCAGCACCAACUGGUUUAUGUGAAUAUGUUUAUGUGAAUAUGUUGAAACAAAGAAAAAACAGAAAUUAACUGAAAUAAAAAAUUACUUGCAUCAUAUACCUUUUUCAGUUACCCUAAUUUAUUUCCUUCUCAAAUAAUCUUCAUCCCCCCCGCCCCUUACCACCAAAAAAUAACCAGAAUACCCCUUUAACGCCGACUAUUAUAUUGCAGGCGGAUCCUAGCUUGUUAAUAAAGAAUCUACGACCUGGAACAACUUACAAAAUUGACGUAAGAGAUUUAAGUUAUAAGUGCAGCGUGUUGAUAACUGCUUAGAUGGGAAGGCUUAGGAUUUUCAUUGAUUUUUUUAAAACAUGAUUAAAUUGUUCAACAGGUCUUACCACGCUUUGCUGACAGCCUUCCAUCAUCGAAAAGGAGAUUCAUCAAUUUUGCUACGCCCGGUGAGCUCAUUUAUUUUCAAGUACUAAGAAACUAAAAGUGGGUGCAUGUAGUCAGUAAAACAAUAAUUCAAUAAGUAGGUGGAUCCCGAACAAGACUGUUGUUGGCAGUGACUGUCGUUUUGACAACCUGUUCAGUUCUAGUCAUCUUCAGAGUCAAAUUGAGCUGUACGGCACGUCAGUUGAUGAUAUUAAACUCUUUUUAUCGACCUGAUUGGUAAAUUAACUCGCGAUGUUAUUGGACGUCUGUCAAUUAACCCGUGGUGUUAUUGACUAUGAAGACUCUUAAAUUAAUUGUCAUCGUGCGUUUCGAUCCGUUCUUUUGUCACAGAUGAUCAAUCGUUUAUGUUAGUAAAUAGCCUCCAAGAUCAGCAUAAUUUUUCACGUCAUACAAAUUCAAUAAUUGUUUGAAUAUUCAUUCAAAAUAUUUCUAAGUUCUUGACAUGCUUACCUCCUCGUAGACCUUUUUCAAAACUUUGGUCUAUUUCUCGGCACGAUUCGGUUUCAGGAUAUAAACAGAUCUUUUGUCUCGCAGAUACUCCUCAAAGAGUAGACAACAUCCGUCGAGCAAUAUGUUUUGCAUAUUCUUGCAUUUCUUUCGUUCAGUUGUAGUAAAAAAAUCAGCUAUUUCAGUUACAUUUUUUUGUUCACUAUUGCCCAAGCAGCCUCGUUUCCAGUCAAAUAUACAAUUCAAUCGAUGGUAUGUUACCCACAUCUUCCAAAUAAUUAUGGUAAGCGCUAGUUGAUUAUUAAGAAGUAGACGUAGUGUUGUAGGCAAUCAGAAACGGCGAAAUAUUUUCAAUGAAGUAUAUCAUCAUCGUCAAUCGUCAUUGUUAUCACCAUUAUCAUUAUUGUUACUACUACUACUACUUAUGGAGAUACCCUAGGCAGACCCACUUUUCAUGGAAAAACGGGACGAGGGUAAUUGAUUAUCUAAUAUGUGAUCAGUGCACAUUUCUUAACGUUGCAAAUUUUGUUGUUAAACAGCCAUCGUAUUUAUCGGAUCAUAGUGCCCUCGUGCCAUGGCUCAAUCUUAACACCAGCUAGGCUAAUUGGAGGCGAAAUGCACAAUCCAAAUGGUAGCAAUAGAUUAUCAAAAUUACCACGGCAAUUUUGCUGGGGAACUGACUCACAUUUAAAAUUUAAAAACGCACUACGCACGGAACCAAUCCAAAUUCUAAUUAGACAGUAUAUAUGGCUAGAAGCACCGAAGAUGUGAAUAUCUCCUUAGAAAACGUUAUGAAAAUUCUAUCUGAGACCUCCAAGCUACGCCUAAAAAUUAAAGCUAAGAAAACUUAUAAGCGUAUUAAGAAAACAUCCAACAAGAAAUGGUUCGACUGUGAAUGUCGCUUGAAAGGGCAUGAAUUACGAAAACUCUCAAAUGAAAAGCACCGUGACCCCCUCAACUCCGAAUUGCGGAAACUGGGAUAUCACAAAACCUUGAAUGAUUACAAAAAGUUCCUAGAAAGCAAGAAGAGAGGAUUUCACAAAGAAAAUACAUUGCAACUCGACGAACUAGCUUUAAAUCCUGACAAGGCGUCAUUUUGGAAUUGUUUAAAUUAGAUGAGCGACACUCUCAACGAAAAUGUUCCUGCCCCAAUCUCUGAAGAAUCAUGGCUUCACCAUUUCAAAUCUCUGCAUUCUAUUGACCCGAUGAAUUCCACGCAUGAACAUGAAAUCCGUGGGGAACUAAAUUCUUUAGAACACGAAAAGGAACAGUUUACUCAUCUCGAUUAUGAGAUGACUGAGAGGGAAAUACGUCAAGCGGCGAAGAAAUUGAAAAAUAAGAAAUCACCAUUCGUUGACAAAAUACGAAAGGAAAUGAUCAAAGCAAGCCUUGAACCACUUAUGCCUGUCUAUGUCAAACUUUUUAACCUCAUUUUACAAUCCGGAAAAAUGUCAGAUGUUUGGUGUCAAGGCCUUAUAACCCCAAUUUACAAGUCUGGUGACAAGAGUGACCCAACAAAUUACGGGGGCAUAUGUGUUUCUAGUUGCCUUGGAAAACUGUUCUGCUCUAUUUUAAAGACGUCACUUGUAUUUUGAGGAAAAUAAGACAUUCCAUAAUUCCCAAAUAGGCUUUUUGCCUGAAAAUCGCACUGCAAACCCUGUUUUCACUUAAAGGACCCUAAUAGAUAAAUAUGUGCAUUCCAUCACAAGGAAAAAGCAGGGGCGGAUCUAGGGGGUGCGCACCCCCCCUUCCAUGCGAUGACCUGCGGUUUUCUAAUACAACUGGUAUUCUGAAAAAAAAAAACUAUGUGGUUUAUUGGUGUUGAAGUAGAGCAAGAGACGAGUGGACCCCCUCCUAAAAAAAAUCCUGGAUCCGACUCUGAAAAGUCUGCGCUUGUUUCGUAGAUUUCCGUAAAGCGUUUGACUCUGUUUGGCAAGAAAGACUGUUUUAUAAGCUGCUAAAAACGAAUAUAGGAGGAAAUUUGUACAACCUCAUGAAAAGCCUCUAUUGCAACUCGACAUGUUCCAUCAAAAUCGGUGAAAACAAAACUCAGCCUUUUUCAUAUUCCAGAGGUGAGCGCCAAGGCUGUAUUUUAAGCCCUCUUUUAUUUAACCUCUAUUUAAACAAUCUACCGCACUUAUUCGAAAACACGUUAUCUGACCCAUUCGUUCUUCCUAUUGGGAAAAACAUAAAUUCACUUUUGUACGCAGAUGAUUUAGUUACUCUUUCAAAAUCGAAAACCGGAUUACAGAACUGUUUAAAUGCGCUUUCCUUGUAUUGCGACAAAUGGAAGCUAAAAAUUAAUCCGAAGAAAACAAAAAUUGUAAUAUUUCAGAAAUGCCAAAAGAAAUCCAUUGACAUCAAAUUCAACAUAGGCAGUGAGUAAAUUGAAAUUGUCCAAGAAUACACUUAUUUAGGUACACGUUUAACUUCAACGUACGGGAAACUUUACACUCGCACUCGAACACUUAAAAGAGAAGGCCCGGCUUCAAGCGUUUUCUAGUAUUCAGACGCGAACAGUUCUUAAUAAACUUAAUCCUAAUACCGCAUCCCAAAUUUUUGACACAAUGAUAUUCCCAAUCUUGAGUUACAACAGCGAGGUAUGGGGAAUGUACACCAAGCAAGAUUUCAAAAAAAUGUGAUAGUUCCCCAAUAGAAAAAAUUCACCUCAAAUUCUGUAAACGUUACUUAGCAGUUAACAAUAAGGCAUUUAACAUAGCUUCCAGAGCUGAACUUGGUAGACUGCCGCUGCUUAUCCCGAUAAAUAAAAAAAUUAUGAAAUAUUUUGUUUAUCUAAACAACAAAGAUAAUGAGCCUAUAGUCAAAGAGUUUUGUCUUAUGUCAAAGAAUCUACAUUCUAUGAAUAAUUCCGGAUAUUAUUCCAAUUUCAUAAACAUGCAUGUUUGAAUACAAUCUUAACCAGUUUAGAAACAGAAUCUUCAGAUAAUGAUAAAAUUAGACGAUAUACCACACAAAUGAACCAUUACCUUGAAAAGAGUAAAUAAGCCUUGAAAUUAAAUUCCAAAAAAAGUAGAAUUUUAUAACGCUUUUAAAGAUGAAUAUUCUACUUUUGAUUAUCUCUACCGGCUAAGACAUUAUGUGGAACGACAACAUAUUGUUAAAGUUUAAAAUAAGUAAUCACAAACUUCUGAUUGAACAAGGUCGAUACCAAAUGGAUCAUUUGCCAAGAGAACAUAGAUCAUGUCGCUUGUGUAACUCAAAUCAGGUAGAAGAUGAGAUUCAUUUCUUCUUUCAAUGUAAUAAAUACUCAGUACAGAGACAGGCAUUCAUUAAUCAAAUUAAUCGAAUAAUACCUGACUUCGACAAGAAAUCAUCUCCAGAAAGCGUAAAACUGAUAAUGAAUUCGAAGGAAUAUCAUGUAAAAAAGUUAGUUAUGAAGUUUAUUUCCUUCUGUAUGAACGUGAUCCACUGUUAGUAAUGUACAUAUUUUUUUUAGUUUAUUAUUAGUGUUGUUUGUAUUUUGAGUGUAAUAGGUAUGCUUUUGCAAUACUGUAUAAUGAUGCGGUCAUGCAAAUAAACAAGUUAUUACCACCACCUCCACCACCACCACCACCACCACCACCACCACUACUACUACUACUACUACUACUACUACUACUACUACUACUACUACCACCACCACCACCACCACCACCACCACCACCACCACCACCACCACCACCACCACCACCACCACCACCACCACCACUACUACUACUACUACUACUACCAUCAUGUAAAUAAGUUAGUUAUGAAGUUUGUUUCCUUCUGUAUGAAAAUACGUGAUUCAUUGUUAGUAAUGUAACUGAAUUUUUCUAGAUUAUUAUUUGUGCUGUUUGUUUUAUAUUUUGAUUGUCAUAUGCAAAUUUUUGCUAACAAGAUCGAUCCUGGACAUAUCUCGCCUCCUCGGGAUUUCGCCUUCUGGACGAAAUCCCUGCGGGGGCAACUACUACUGUCACUACCACUACCACUACCACUACCACUACCACUACCACUACCACUACCACUACCACUACCACUACCACUACCACUACCACUACCACUACCACUACCACUACCACUACCACUACCACUACCACUACCACUACGACUACUACUACGACUACGACUACGACUACUACUACUACUACUACUAACACUAGUGUAAUUUCCAUUAUUUUCUCUACGCAGCUGUGCCUCGAAACGAAACGAAGGUCCAGUUAAAAGCUUGUAACUUCUACCCUUCGCCAGAACGAGGUAGCUUUGUUGCUAACGUUUCCUGGAAUAAACCAGCGUUUAAUUAUAGCUCCAUUACUGCCUACCAGUUAUAUUACCAAGUUGGAAGCCAACAACGAUUAGGGAACACAACCGUAAGUAUUUUUGUCAAACCUUUAGAACUGAAGCAGUCAACCCUGAGUUAUUAUUCAAGAAAAUGAGGAUAUUAAAAGAGCCAAAUAUCUACUUACACAACAAAUUGACUUCAUAGUGUCUCUCUCUUUCAUGUGCGCCAAAAGAAAAGAAUUAACAGACCACUAAACGCCAUGCAAAGUGUAAUAUGCUGCACUUAGUAAGGUAGAUCUUGUCAAAAACAUCGUUUAAUACGGGUAAAGACAAUAUGAAUCUCUUUGGGACCUCGAAAAAGGUAAC